UGCCCCCCUGCCCCCCAUCCAGAGUCCGUGUGUUUCAAGAGUUUGGCUUUGCUCUCUGUCUCUGCUGCAGCUCUGCUUUUCCUGCUGGGAUCUCACCUGGGCCAGCAUACCCGCGUCCCAUUGGCUCAUCUCCUCCACCUCCAUGUAUCCGCGGCGCUGAUUGGCUGUCACACCCUCUCACCUCGCCGUUGCCAAGCAACGCUGCCAUGGCGGCGGACACGAAGAAGGCCGCGGCCAUGGACGAGUCUAACAACGAAGAUGCCGCGGCGGCCGCGGCUCUGUCGGAGCUCACGGCGCUGCUCUCGCCGUCCUGCCCCGCCGCUCCCGAAGCCGCCGAGGCCGCCCUGGCCCUGUCGGGCAGCGCCUCGGGCCGGGCGCUUCUCGCCGCACACCCCUCGGCCUUAUCGGCCUUGUCCGCCUUGGCCGCCUCGGCCUCGCGUGGAGCCCGCCCCGCUUUAUCCGCGCUGGUGAACGCCUCCUCCGAGCCCGCCGCGCUGGAGCCGCUCCUCGCCGCCGUGCCUUCCCUUCUCCCUCUCGUGCCCAGCUCCGGAGCGGCCUGCGGGGUGCUGGCCAACCUGAGCCGCGGCGCGGAGGCGGCUCCGCGGCUGCUGCGGGCGCUGGGCCCCGGCGCGGAGGAGGCGCUGCUGCGGGCGCUGAGCGCGGAGCGGCCGCCGGCCGAGCUCGGGGCGCUGCUCUGCAACCUCAGCCAGGCCCCCGAGGGCCGCGGGGCGCUGCUGGAGCCGCCGGGGUGA